ACUAUCGUAUCCAAGACUUUUCAUCGGUCUCGUUCGUAAACAAAUACAAGAACCGCGAGAGUAGUCGCUAGUCGCCAUACUCGCCAUACGAGGACGGUGAAAGGGUGAGAGAUGUCGCAAGCAUACAAACCGAACGACAACCUUGAAUAGAAAACCCAGAAAACCAAAACCGCAGUAACCUGAAAUUACAGACAUCAGUCGGAUGACAUUAUAAAACUAGCUCGACACUAUGGUUGUCUGCAACGUGUGCCAGGGCGAUUCCUUUGAGCUCCAGGAUGGACACUACUUUUGCAGGUUGUGUCACACUCAGGCAGAGGACUGGAGGGAGGAGGAGAUGGAAGUCAAUUAUUCGCAAAAUACAAAGCUCAGCAUCAUUAUGGCCAGCUUUAAGUCCACUGAGGAGGAUGACGCUGGUAACACUACGCAGAGAAAGGAACCUGCAGAUCCAGGCACUUGGUCCACGUGGGAAGGCCUCAACAGCAUCUUGGUGGGGCAGAUAAGAGAGAUGGAGCACCUGAUUACUUUGCCAAAAGACUUUAACUUCAUGGCAUUUAAUAUUUGGGCAAAGCUGCUUCAAAACAAUGGCGUUUGCUUCACAAAAAUGAGUUUUCCCGUGAAAGCUGCCAAAUGCAUUCGAGAUCAGAAAUGGCUUAUGCAACAAAAAUUGCAUAACAGGAGGAGUAAAGGGAGGAGGAAGAGAAAGAAAGUUGAGUCUGAAGAUGAAUCUGGCGCAUCCAGCAUAAGAAGUGCAAAUUCUCUUAGAACAAAACUAGUGAACCAGCAGUAUAUUAGUGAUACUUCAGCCACAAGCAGCAUCAUAAGCACUUCAAUCUCAGAAUUUGAAGAUCAGGCGUCAGAGACUGAGUCUAAAAGCUCGUUGAGAACUCGACACAAGGACACGAAAUCAAUCAAGCUCACCAGGAAAACGCUACUUGGAGUCAUCUACCUGGCUCUGCGUCUUACGAACUGCAAAGUGCAACUAUUCGAUCUAAUCAGAUGGCUUAAUUACAACCACGUUUCCUAUCGGUGGAUUGAGCACAUGCUGCCUGGUGAAUCUUUCUUAAAAGGCGGCGACAGAGAGCUCUUUGGCCCGAAGCAGUCUCUGUUGGACAGAGGAACCAAGAGCAUGGUCAACUUGAUUCUCACCGAAGCAAAACACAUUCACAUGAUCCUCGACUACCCUUACAUCUUACCAAGUGACCUGCACUCCUUGAUUCCGCGCUUGGUCAGAGAACUGUGUCUGCCAGAUGAACUGGUGGAUGUGAUCAGUAAGCUGUUUUUGGUGGCGAAACCGAAUUUGGAGUUCAGACCAGACAUUUCCAAGCACAAUUAUAUUCCUGUUGCUGAGAUCCGCGUCAUUGCUGUGGUCAUCUUUAUUCUGAAACUUCUCCUGGGUCUAGACGACUUGACUGAGCAUCAAUUAUCAAAUUGGGUCGACGCAGAAGUAAAUAAGUUAGAACUUUUCUCCUGGACCAGAUGGGUUGAGUUCACUGAGUUGCGGAAAACGAUCCUGGCCGACCACUUUUUCUGGGCCAAACAAAUGUUCAAUAAGCAGGCUGUGCAGACAGAAAACAACACUUUUCACCUGGACCCUUCAUUUCUGCCUGCAUACAAAAACAAGGAAUCCACUGCUUUAAACUGUGACAAGAAAAGGCUUCUCCUCGACCUGUCUGCAAAGCUUUUGAAGCAAUCUGAUCGUUCUCAAGCAGAAAGUGCCUGUUACUUUUCACAGUCGGAUUCAAACAGACCUGAUCCAACGAAGACGCUUACACCAAUGACAGAAGGCAUUAAAAUUGCUCUUGAGAGUGGCUCCUUCGAUUCAAUGACUGAAGAGGUGGAAAAGAAAACUGAUUCAUUUUGCUCAUCCAAGUGUAAUUAUCUGAUUGAUUUUCUGAGCAAAACGGAAUUCAAAUCUAUGGAUUUGGACCCUGAUUUGCGAGAAAUGCACGAGAGGUUUGAUUUCAAACAAGCUAAUGUGAGCGUUCGUUUGUACGAAAACAAGGUUGCUGAAGACGCAGAAAACAGGAAAAAGUCAAAGAGGGGAAAAUUUCCACCUGAAAACUUAAAGAGAUCUUACUGGAUAUUUCCUCUCCAGAUGGACAUUGGGGAAUUGGCUGGGGAGCAGUUAAUGCAAUCCACCUUGCCCAUUUCCUUCUUGUGGCUCCUGCGGUUGUGUUCCUCUAUCAUUGACUCGACCCCCAUCACUGUUUACAAAGAAUUGCUGAUUGUUGAGACUGAAUUGUUUUUGAAAAAAGAAGAUAUUGCGAAUCCGAUUUUGAGGAGAAUUGUGAAAUCCUACAGGGAUGUGUAUUGACUAAUUAGGUGCCAUACUUUGCUAUUAAAA